UGGUAUUGAUAAGAAGGAGAGAACUUUUUGCUGUGAAAUAAAGUAGUGGAUUGGUUUGUUUGUGGAAAUUGCACUUCUCGUAUUUAAUAGCCAAAAUGUCCGAUAAUGAAGAUGAUUUUAUGUGUGAGGAUGAUGAAGAUUACGGACUGGAAUAUUCAGAAGACAGCAACUCGGAGCCUGAUGUGGAUCUCGAAAAUCAAUACUAUAAUAGUAAAGCUUUGAAGGAAGACAAUCCAAACGCUGCAUUAGCUUCAUUUCAAAAAGUACUUGACCUUGAGGGUGGGGAAAAGGGAGAAUGGGGUUUCAAGGCGCUCAAGCAGAUGAUAAAAAUAAAUUUUAAGUUGAAUAACUAUAACGAAAUGAUGGAGCGAUACAAGCUAUUAUUAACUUAUAUUAAAAGUGCUGUCACGCGCAAUCACUCGGAAAAAUCCAUCAAUUCCAUCUUGGAUUAUAUUUCCACAUCUAAGAAUAUGGAAAUUUUACAAAAGUUUUAUGAAACCACAUUGGAUGCAUUGAAAGAUGCCAAAAAUGAUCGUCUAUGGUUCAAAACCAAUACCAAACUAGGCAAACUUUAUUUUGAUCUGGGAGAUUUUAUAAAAUUACAAAAAAUUCUUAAGCAACUGCACCUAUCCUGCCAAACAGAUGAUGGUGAGGAUGACUUGAAAAAGGGUACACAGCUGCUGGAAAUAUAUGCAUUAGAAAUUCAAAUGUAUACUGUGCAGAAGAAUAACAAAAAGUUAAAAGCGCUAUAUGAGCAAUCCUUACAUAUUAAAUCGGCAAUACCGCACCCGCUUAUUAUGGGUGUAAUACGCGAGUGCGGUGGAAAAAUGCAUUUGAGAGAAGGAGAAUUCGAAAAGGCGCAUACGGACUUCUUCGAGGCAUUCAAGAAUUAUGAUGAGUCUGGCUCUCCACGACGAACAACAUGUUUGAAAUAUUUGGUUUUGGCUAAUAUGUUAAUGAAAUCCGGUAUAAAUCCUUUUGAUUCCCAAGAGGCAAAGCCCUAUAAACAAGAUCCUGAAAUUGUGGCCAUGACGAAAUUGGUUAUUUCGUAUCAAAAUAACGACAUUACCGAAUUUGAGUCCAUAUUAAAAACGAAUCAUAAAAACAUUAUGGAUGAUCCCUUUAUCCGGGAACAUAUUGAAGAUCUGCUGCGGAAUAUCCGCACACAGGUGCUAAUAAAAUUGAUACGGCCAUAUAAAAACAUCGGAAUACCCUUUAUAGCGACAAAGUUGAAAAUUGAAGCGGUUGAAGUGGAAAGUCUGCUGGUAUCUUGUAUAUUAGACAACACGAUUCAAGGGCGCAUCGACCAAAUGAAUCAAGUUUUACAGCUCGACAAAGAAAAUAACAACGCAGCACGGUACAAUGCCGUAGAUGGGUGGGCGAAUCAAAUUUCGUCGCUACACCAGGCCGUGGUCAAUAAAAUGACAUAAAAUUUAUUGUAUUAGAUUUGUAUUGUGUUAUGCUGGUUCAAAACAGGCUUACUAUAAUAAAGGCUUUCAUAUGCGUCAGUUGCUUCGAUUUAAAAUUA